AUGGAUGAUGAUAUUGGCUGCAAAAGGCUUCAAGAAUACUAUGUCAAGCAAGAAAAAUGUUACUAUGUUAAAUCCCACAAAGGAUGCCAACCAAGAGGUUACAUUCCCUAUCUACAGAUCUUCUAUUGCAAAUUUAGACCGGUUUUGGGCUACACUUCACUUGCCCUUUGGCUUGUAAUCCUAUUCUAUUUAUUAGGAGAUACAGCAAGCAGUUACUUCUGCUCUUCACUCGAGGGCUUAUCCGAUAUUCUUAAACUUUCCCCAACUGUGGCUGGAAUCACCCUUCUUUCUCUAGGAAAUGGAGCACCAGAUGUUCUUGGUAGUAUAAUUUCCUUUUCGAGCGAAAGCACGAAAGAUAUUGGCCUAAAUAGCAUAUUAGGUGGUGCAUUUUUCGUAUCUAGUGUUGUCGUCGGAAUUAUAAGCAUUUCUGUCAGCAAACAUGGUAGAAAAAUCAGUAGGUCUAGUUUCAUUACAAAUAUUUUGUUCUUACUCUUUUGCCUUUCUUGUCUGCUAGGGAUUCUUAUUUUGGGCAAAAUAAAUCUGUGGGGUGCUAUUUCUUUCCUUUCUUUGUACUUGAUAUACGUGUUCGUCAUUUUCGUGUGUACUAAGGAGGAAAAUCUAGCGGAAAACUCAGAUGAAUCUCCAUCAGUGCUUUUGCCUUUAACCAUGAACUUUCCCAAAGAAAAUCCCAAUGGAUCAUCCGACUCGAACUUGCCUUUAUUACUAUUCAUGGCUAAUGAGAGCCAUAUAUUAACUGAUUACAAAGGUAAAACUCUUUUGUACAUUCUUGAGUUGCCACUUUACUUGCCAAGAAGAUUAACAAUUCCACUUGUUUCUCAAGAGAAAUGGUCUAAGCCAUGUGCAGUAGUUUCAAUAUCAUUAGAUCCUCUUCUAUGUUGCCUCAUUUGGGGAUUUAACACAUCGAAACAACAAAUUCUGAUAUAUGUAAUUGUGGGAUCAUCAAUUGGAAUUGCUUUAGGGAUUCUUGCGUUUUGCACUACUGCUAGGCUAAGCCCUCCAAGAAAAUGUUUGUUCUUAUGGCUUUCAUUAGGAUUCUUGAUGAGCAUAAUUUGGACAUAUAUUUUGGCACAAGAAUUGAUUUCGCUAUUGGUUUCAAUUGGCCUAAUACUAGGCAUCAAUCAUUCCAUUUUGGGGUUAACAGUCUUGGCAUGGGGAAAUUCUCUUGGUGACUUGGUUUCCAAUGCAUCACUGGCCAAGAAUGGUGGGCCACGUGGGGCCCAAUUAGCCAUAUCUGGUUGCUAUGCUGGGUCCAUAUUCAACACACUUGUGGGCUUGGGCUUGUCAUUUACUUUCUCAACUUGGGCCACAUAUCCAGGCUCUUGUACAAUCCACGCAGAAGAUUCGGUUUUCGAGACAAUUGGUUUUUUGAUAAUGGGCUUGCUAUGGGCUCUUGUGAUUCUUCUAAAUAGAAAGAUGAGGCUUGAUAGGUUUGUAGGCAGUGGGCUUCUUGCUAUUUAUGCUUGCUUUCUAUCUUCAAAGAUUGCAAGAACUUUGAGCCUACUAUGA